CUUGCCAAACCGAUUCUCUAUUUAUAUUCUAUCCAAGUAACCUCCUUUCUUUCUGCUCUCCUGGUCACUGAUUUGUUCUUCCCUUUAUUUCUCUGUAAACAACCAACAUAUAUACUUACUCCCUUUCAUCUCUUCUCCCCUUCACAAUGGCCGCCCGUCGGUCCCUUGCCCGUUCUCUCCCCACACUCCGCGCUGCAUCUCCCCGCACGAGCUUUGCCAACGCAUCAUCUGCCAGGUCAGCAGCAUCGCGCUCUUUAAUGACUUCAACCAGGAGUUCUUCUUCAGCACUUGCUGGUCAACGAACUGCUUCUGUAACUUCUUCUUCUCCCAACGUUGCUGCGCGCAGACUGCACGCCACCGCCCAACAGAUGGUCCCCGCAACCACUUCCGCGGCUAGUACCGCUACCGAGUACCCGACGGACCACAAGCAGAUCGCCAACCCCAUCGAUACGGCCAACUUUCUGGAUAACGAAUUUGUUGCGUCGAAGGCCACUACAUGGAUUGACCUCCAUGACCCCGCUACGAACAACCUUGUUACUCGGGUGCCUCAAAGCACAGAUGAGGAGCUGCGGGCGGCGGUCAGGUCCGCUGAGAAGGCAUUCCCAGCAUGGCGGGCAACGAGUGUGAUUGCCAGACAGCAGAUCAUGUUCAAGUUUGUUAGUUUGAUUCGUGCCAACUGGGACCGUCUCGCUGCAUCUAUUACACUGGAGCAAGGCAAGACUUUCGCCGAUGCCAAGGGUGAUGUUCUACGUGGUCUGCAGGUCGCCGAGACUGCUUGUGGCAUUACUACGCAGCUUACAGGCGAAGUGCUGGAAGUCGCUAAAGACAUGGAGACCAGAAGCUACAGGGAGCCUCUGGGUGUUGUUGCAGCCAUCUGCCCUUUCAACUUCCCCGCAAUGAUCCCUCUUUGGUGCAUUCCAGUGGCUACCAUUACCGGCAACUGCCUGGUCCUUAAACCUUCGGAGCGUGAUCCGGGUGCCGCCAUGAUUUUGGCGGAACUGGCUAAGGAAGCUGGCUUCCCUGCUGGUGUCAUCAACAUUGUCCAUGGCUCCGCCAAGACCGUUGACUUCAUCCUUGACGAGCCUGCCAUCAAGGCUAUUAGCUUUGUCGGUAGCAACCGUGCUGGUGAGUACAUUUACACUCGGGGCUCUGCCAAUGGCAAACGUGUGCAGGCCAACCUGGGGGCCAAGAACCAUGCCGCUGUCCUUCCCGACUGUAACAAGAACCACACCUUGAAUGCCAUCGUGGGAGCAGCUUUUGGCGCCGCUGGCCAGCGCUGCAUGGCCUUGAGUACUGUGGUCAUGGUUGGCGAGACCGAGGAAUGGCUCCCGGAGAUCGCAGAACGUGCUAAGGCCUUAAAGGUGAACGGGGGUUUUGAAGAGGGAGCCGAUCUCGGCCCCGUGAUCAGCCCGGAGAGCAAGAAGCGUAUUGAAGAUUUGAUUGCCAGUGCCGAGAAAGAGGGCGCUAAGAUUUUAUUGGACGGAAGGGGAUUCAAGCCUGAGAAGUACCCCAAUGGCAACUUUGUCGGUCCCACUAUUAUUACGAACGUCACCCCCGAGAUGACCUGCUAUAAGGAAGAAAUCUUCGGUCCAGUUCUGGUCUGCCUGAGCGUCCCCACUCUUGAGGAUGCGAUUGACCUCAUCAACAAGAACGAAUACGGGAACGGAGCCGCCAUCUUUACUCGCUCUGGUUCUACGGCAUCUCGUUUCCAGAAGGAUAUCGAAGCCGGACAGAUUGGCAUCAAUGUCCCCAUCCCUGUCCCUCUUCCCAUGUUCUCUUUCACUGGCAACAAGAAGAGUAUCGCUGGCGGUGGAGCUAACACUUUCUACGGCAAACCUGGUCUGCAGUUCUACACCCAGCAGAAGACUGUGACAAGUCACUGGCGGGCUGAGGAUGCCGUCAGCACCAAGGCGCAUGUUGUGAUGCCGACCCACCACUAAAUUGAAGUCGAGAUACAAAAACAAUGAAGUUUAUUGAUUAUAAGGGUUUCUUGUCUGUCAGUCGUGUCUCCUACCACUUGAAGGCAAAUUGUCAUUGUUGUCCUUCUAUUCU